GCUUGCCUUGGCUUUUCUGGCAGCUGACUUUGGUGGGGAGCCGCCGACAGCCGGGCUGGGUUCGUCUAGGGAGCCCUGGUUUCGCGUUUGCUUUUGCCCUGAAGGGGAGCAUGCAGACCCCGGAACCCGAAGAGGCGGAGGAAGAAGAGGACCGUACCCCGCUCCUGCUGCGAGAAGCCCAGCCCACCGGCAAGGCGGGUGAGAGCAGCGGCUGGAGGGACCGCUUGCCCCCCAGCGCACACCUCAGUCGUGAGCCUCCCGCCCUCUUUUUGUCUCCAGCAGCCAGUCCCCCUCGCUUUGAGGAGGUGUGGGGUGUAGGCGGGUUGGCGGGAGAGAGACAUUUCUGUGGGGGUGCCUCCACCAGUUCCAGUAUCCCGUGGAGAGGUGUCUUAACAGUCCCGGUCCUGUGCAGGUUUGCCAGUAGCUAGCAAGCGCAGCAUUAUCCCCCUUUAUUCGGAAGGAAGUUCCAUUUCGGUGCUGACUUCCCCGGACUGCCGUCUGUCGCCAUGAGUAUCACCGACUAUCACGGCGACCAGCUUCAGAGGGGUGGUCGGCGACAGCAAACGCGGGGAGAGGUCUUGUGGCACCGUGAAAGCUAACGGGUUUAUUAUACUUUCGUGGGCUACGUUGCAUUUGGGUGAACAGUUGCCUUCACUUGCCAGCUACACAUAUACAUACGCAGAUGUCGAGGGAGAAACCUCAAAGUGUGGGUUCAAGAGUGUAUGAAGUGUUAAGGCAAUUUACAACCACACAGUAGUAGUAAUAAUACAUACAUUUGACUGAGUUGCCCUAGUCACUGUGGGCAGCUUCCAGUGGCGUAGCGUGGGGGGUGCAGGAGGGGCCGGCUGCACCAGGCGCAACUUCUGGGGGUUAGGGUUAGGGGGCGCAAAUCCACAGGUUAGGGGGCGCAAAUUACUUGCCUUGCCCCGGGUGCUGACAACCCACGCUACGCCACUGGCAGCUUCCACAAAAUAUAAAAACAUAAUGAAACAUCAAGUUGUUUAACAACUUUUUUUAAAAAAAAAAACCAACAACUACAGAUAGUAGCCCAGAGCAGAGAUCUUGAAAUUGCAGACUGAUUGUUGUGAAUGAUUGGGCAGGCUUAUCAUGUAUACAUUACAGUGGUACCUCUGGUUACGUACUUAAUUUGGUUACAUACUGCUCCUCCCUGAAGCUCCGUUCUUAACAUGAAACUGUUCUUAACCUGAAGCACCACUUUAGUUAAUGGGGCCUCCUGCUGCUGCCGCGCCACUGCCGUGCGAUUUCUGUUCUUAUCCUGAAGCAAAGUUCUUAAGCCGAGGUAUUAUUUCUGGGUUAGCGGAGUCUGUAACCUGAAGCGUAUGUAACCUGAGGUACCUCUGUAGUUGUCGUGAACUGUUGAGUCCACCGUUUACAAUUUGCCCUUUACUCCUUUGUGUGUGUACCAAAUAAGGAUAAUGUUUAAUGCAUCUGAUGUGAACAUAAGAAGCUGCAUUAUAUCAUUUUGCCCAGUAUUGUCUCCAAGGUUGUAGGUCUUCUCUUAUCUGCUACUUGAGUUUUUAAGCUGGAGAUGCCAGAGAUUGAACUCAAGUCCUUCUGCAAGCAUAGCUAUUGACCCUCCCCUAAAUGGGAUCUAAUCUACAAAAUUUAUGCUCCAUUAAAUCUGUUACGAUGCUGUAAUAAUUUCCCUCGGUUAAGCACAUAACUGCUGCCUGGGGCAUGUAUUUAAAGUACACUGCCUAGGAAGUAGUACAGUUGAAGUCAGUGGGUCUUCAUUCUUAAGAAACAUGUUUUAAAUACAAGCACUUGCAUGUUAAAAAUUUCCCUUAUAGAAGACACGUGCCUGCACACGUGAGAAACUUUUCUGUAGGUGCUGAUGAACAGGAUGGUCACACACAAGCAUGUCAUGAUCCUACACGUGUGUUUGGUUGUUGCUUCCUUAUGCUUAAACCGUGCAGCAAAGCUCCACUGAAUGGUGGUGAAAAAAUAUUUUUAAUAAAUAAAUGGAUUGAGCACCAUCCACACAUGUGCAAUUGUUGCAUGUCAUGUCUUUCAGCAUUGUUGGUUUGUAAAUACUGGUGUGGUCCCUGAUUAGAUAGUGUGCAUGCUAUCAAUGCAGGAAUUUUGUGCUGAUUGACAGUAGAGCUUGCAAGAGAAAACGAAGUAAGUCUUGUUUUGUUUUACUAAGUUGUUGCUCUUAUCAGAGCAUCCUAGAGAUCGCUAGAAAUAGAAUGGUUUGGCCAGAAAACAAAAUGUCUUGGCAUAUCAGUUAGGUAAGUGUUGUGUAGGGACUAGUUUGGGAUGUGGGUGGCGCGGUCAGGGGUCCCUUUACCUUAGGGACUAGUUGCUAUGGAGGAUUGUUUACCUCUUAUGCUGUAUGACAAAACUGAGGGGAGUUUCAACUGUCAAUUGUAAUAAGGAAUUAAAAGGAAAAAAAUUUAAAAAAUCAAGGCUAACACAAGCACCUUGCAUGAGCCUAAGAUACACUUUAAACUCCAGUGUGUAUGUUUAUAUCACUAUGUGCAUCAUUUCCAGGUUUAACCAUAGUAAAUAAGGAAAACAGAAGGGUUUGACUAUUUGCAGAGCACUUAAUUUACUGCAAAUUGGAAAGCCAAAAUUCUGUAACCCCAAAAUGCCAAAAUACACAAUUUACUGUGAGUAGGUGGGAAAUGCAGCCAUGUAAACCAUGCAAAUACUUGGUCUGAUCUGUCAUAUUUUAUUUAAUUGAUGCAAGUUAUUCAUUAUCAGCAGAAGAAACUAAAGUGCUACCAUGCUAGGUUGAAUACUGUGACCCAAUUACAAGACAGUGCAAUAGUUGAGGUGACAAAGUGGUGUCUCAAGGAAUAUGAGCAAAUAUUUGGUAAGUGAAGAGGAAGAAUGCUGCAAGACUGAGCAUAGUCCUGUACAUAUCUACUCAGAACUCAGUGUCCCAGUGAACUCAAUAGAACUUACUUCUGAGUAGACGUGUAUCAGAUUGUGUUGUUACCCUGGGCACUAAAAGUCCAUACUAAGCUCUCUUAAUGAAUUGGGGGGGGGGGGGCUUUUUCAAUGAUGUAAUCAACCCCUGAAAAGCUAGGACUGGUUUCUGAUCCAGAGAAAAGGGGGAGGUGAACACUUUGCAAAAAAAUUGUAUAAACAUUUUAACAGGCACUUCCAAGGGGGGUGAGGAAGAGAGACCAUAAGCUAUGCAGCUGCAAAGUAUUGGCCAAGUCGUUAUCUACAUGGUUGCAUUUCACUACAGGGCCAGUGUGUUAAUCCAGAGCAGGGGUCGGCAACUUAAGGCCCUUGGGCCACAAGCGGCACACAGGAGUCGUUUAACUGGCCCCCGAGCCACCCACUUGGUGAGUCUCCACAUGCUGCGCUAAACCGGCACAACACAGCAUGGGGACUUGCUUUCGCAGCACCGAAAAUUGCAACUGCGCAUGCGCAGAUGCCGAAAAUCACAUCUGCACAGAUGCAAGUGCUGAAAAUCGCAUCUGCACAGACACCAGAAAUCGCGGGUGCCCACGCGAUCUGGCCCACAGAGGGAUCUUCACUGGAGUGAACCGGUCCAGGCAAGGUAAACCUUGUUGUGCUUAGAGUAGGGAGAUUUGCCUUAAAAUUUCUGCUCCUCCCUGAAGCUCCCUAGGUGGUCUUUGGCUACUUGCUGUCACUCAGCCAAACCUGCUUCACAAGAUUAUUGGGACAGCCCCUCAGUGUGGACUUGGAAAAGAAGCAGCUUAAACAUUUAUUUAUUUAUUUCACAAAAUUUACAUUAUUCUUGAUUGAAGUAAAGCAUCAAAAUAGUUUACAAAAAUAAUUAAAUAAUAAAACAUCAGAUUGUAAUAAAUGUUCUGUCUUCUAUAAACUCUUUUGCAUUUUGCCUAAAAAAUAUAAUUAGUGGAGCUCAUUCCCACCUCCUCCAGUGGUGUAUUUAGCAAACUGUGUCUGCUUGGUUCCUUCCUACCAGCCCAUGGCGGGAACAAAGCACAAACCUUGGUUUAGCGUUGCAUACAAACUGGGGACCUUGGUUUGUUUUGCUCAAACCACUAAGCCAGGAACAAACUACCAUGACAUGCAAAUACAGUGGUACCUCAAGUUAAGUACUUAAUUCGUUCCGGAGGUCUGUUCUUAACCUGAAAUUGUUCUUAACCUGAAGCACCACUUUAGCUAAUGGGGCCUCCCACUGCUGCCACGCCGCCAGAGCACAAUUUCUGUUCUCAUCCUGAAGCAAAGUUCUUAACCUGAAGCACUAUUUCUGGGUUAGCGGAGUCUGUCACCUGAAGCGUAUGUAACCUGAAGCGUAUGUAACCUGAGGUACCACUGUACUGCCGUUGUGUCUCUCCUGCUGGUCCAACUGAGCUCAUGACUUACCUAAAGUCACCCAGUCCAUUCUUUGAGGAGCCAGGAUUGUCCCUGGAACCAAGCCGAAAGCUCUGUCCCAUAGAUUAAACUUCCUCUUGGUAUUUAUUCAUUUCUGACUAGCAGUAUUUAUCCUGAAAAAUCAUCUGGAACCUGAGCGUAAGUGCUGUUUGUAUAGAUCUAUUUACAUUGAUUGAAGAGAAGGGCAUGUUCCUAACGAUAAAACUUAGAAAACAGUACAUGCAGGUACGUGAACUAACAUCUUGAGAGACAGUAUACAUCCAGUUACUAGAUGCAAGAGAAUGGCCAUAUCUAGGGCUGCUUUGUUUAAUUUAUUUAUCUUUUCAAAAUGUUUAAUAAACUGAAAAUUAAUUGGGCAGCAAAAUUUAAAUAUAUAUUCUUUUCAAUACAAAUGCAUAUAAAAUCUUGUUGAAAGAGGUAUUAUUCCUUUUCUCACACAAGAGGGCUGGAUGCUUCUUACAAGUUGAUGCCUGCUAGGAAACACAUGUGCAUUCUUUUUUUAAAAAAAAAAACCAAGCAAACAAUGUUGCUUCAGAAAUUCUGCAAAAUUGAGUUGAUUGAUCAUUUAACUAAAACUCGUAUGAUUUAUUGAUCAGGUUGCAAUGUAGUUCCUAACCUGGCUUCCUGCCUUAUUUCUGCGCUCCCAGAGACAUCUGGAUGGAAACAGAAUGCUGGACUUUGAUCCAAUCAAACAAGAUAGCUCUUAAUCCCUUUCAGUCAGCUGCCUUUGUCCAUUUCUACUUGCCACUAAAUGUUCACAUUGGAAAUCUUAAAAUUGGUUUCCUUUUGCAAUCGCGUGCACUUGUGGCAUAAGUUUUGUACAAUUACAUAAAAUAUCCUUUUUUAAAAAAAACCUAAACAGGACGGUCUGUUAUUAGACAAGGAAACAGCACAGAAGAAAAAAUGUAGCAAAGUGAUAAGGAAGCUAUCCUUAUAAAUAAAUAAUUAAAAACCAUUAUUGUAAGGAUCUGUAAUCCCACCAUAUGUAGCUCGGUCACAGUGGUGUUCAUUUAUCCUUCCAUAAAUCAUGGGUUAAAAAAGACAAUUAAAAGCAAGAUUACAGUCCUGUCCUUUCUGGCAAUGGCUGAUCAUGUUGAAAUUUGGGGUUGUGUGUUGCUCCCUGCCCAGCACAGUAUUGUUAGUUUUACUUUCCCAUGUUUGGUCGGAAGUUGUCAGAGGUCAGAGAUCAUGUUGAAGACCCAAAUACCGGUACUUGUCACAGUGUACAUCCAGACUUGUUUUUUUUUUAAUGGUGAGAGAUUAAAGCAGCACACCUAUUCCCACUCCCUCCCAAAACCAAGGUGGUUUUCUCAGCAGCAAGGGAUUUCCUAGUCUUCUCCACUACUCUGCAUCUUGUAGAGACUUUGUACAGCCCUGUUUUCAUUUGCUUGGGGGACAUGGAACAAGUAAAAGUUGGUUGAAAGUGGUGUCUCCUAAGUAAUAAACCUGCACUAACAGCUGAGAAAGGUAAAUAAAUGAAUUUGAUGCUAAACAUUCAAUUCAAAAAUACUGUGUGUAUCGUUAAGUAAGAAAUCAAAUGGCAAUGACUGAAAUACAGAAUUUGGCAUUUAGCGUUUACAUGGCAGUUAGAGAGAGGCUACUGACUGAAAGCAGUGUGAUGUGACGUGAAUGGCAAAAGGCGGGUUGCUGAGGGAAGCAGAGCUGCAGAACAGGAUAUUCCACAUCUACCAGCAGAGGUGGAUCUGGAGGAAAGCCAGAAGUGGUUUGCGGAAGCAGCAAUAGCUUAAGGUGGUCUUGCAGAAAGGCAGAAGAAUAAGGAUGUUACUAACACCAGUGAAGGCUCCUUUGCUGUUUAAUGUUGGGUACUAGAACAGCAAGAUAAUAAACUUGCCAUGCCACGUCUACUGUGCCUCAUUUGCAGUAAUAAGUAUUCAGGGCAACUUCCUCAAACUAAAAAUGUUGAAGGAGCUUUCCGUUCAGAUCAUGGGAGCAUUUCGAUGAUCCAGCACAACAGUAACUAGGAAAUUAGAGGGAAAUGUCUUCGAAAACAAGGUUGGUUGUGAAAGAAGUAGCUCCCGGGGAUGUAAAUGGUAAGAAUUUAAUAUUGUGCCUUGUGGACCUGAAGUUGUGUUGUGGCGUGUUAUUUUUUUUUUUAAGGAUGUUUGUGUGUUUGUGUGUGUGUGUGUGUGUGUGUGUGGAGAGAGAGAGAGAGAGAGAAUCACAUAAUAUUUUCCAUAGUAUAAUAAUCAUGCAGUGAAGCAAAUAUGAGUAAUAUUUUUUGUAUAUUUAAAGUGAGAUUUUGGUGAACAUGUUGUGGUUUAUUUGCAUUUCAUGAUUGAAAAGUAUAUGUUAAGACAUGUGGACAUAAUAUUGGGGUGUGAGUUUUAUUUCCCCUUUAGGGUUGGAUUUGGGGGAGUAAGCACUCUUGAGUAGCUGCCAGAAUGCACACUUUGCUUUACGUGUUUGUAUGUAUGUUGCAUCCAUGAGUGAGCAUGUAUUGAGCGCACUUCUCCUCUUGUCAUUUGCUUGAGCGUCUUACCCCACUAUUUUUAUUCCUUUGUACUAGGGAUAUGGAAACUGUGGCCCUUUAGAUGUUGUUAGCCAUGUUGUCUGGGACUAAUGGGAGUUGGAAUCUAACAACAGCUGAGAAUGGGGCACUAGUAGUCAGUCCUCCAUAUAUGGUUUGCUCACCACAAUUUAUCCAAAAAUAUGGCAUAAUUUCUUAUGAAACGCCUUCAGGCCAUACCUGCAAGCUUUUGGGGUCGGUCAUUUGACAUUCCUUAGCAGAGCUAAGAAACUAUUGUGGGUAAUGUGCCACUAAGUCAUACUCAGAGUAGAGCCAUAACUUUAGUAAUUUAAGGUCAUUGAUUUCAGUGGGUCUACUCUGAGUAUGACUUAGAGGGAUAUCGUCUUCUGUUUCUCAGGCACAUUUUGUCAUACCAGAUGUGUCCAAUAGCUUAGAGUUUCUUGGUAAAGGCUUGAAGUGCCUAAUAAGGCUACAUAAAUAAAUCAACCCUGUGAUCUUAUGAAUGAUUACAUCCCUUUAGCAAACGGUUAAAGUUCAUGUUUAUUCUAACUGAAAUAAUUGAACAAUACAUAAACAUAUACUCUCCUGCUUGUGAAUUAAUAGAUAAGCAAUGAUUAUUGUAAAUCAGCCUUUACCAAAUUUGUGCCUUCCAGUUUUGGGGGGUUGAUGGGAGUUAAAUUCUAAAAUGGGUGGAGACCCUCGUGACGUGCAGGCCAGCCUUGGUCCACAAGGCUAUUUCCCUGCCAGAUGUCAGUGGGUGACAUCUCCUGAUGGAUGAUGUUCAGUUCUGCUGGGGGCUGCUUCAUCAGCACAUCCCCUGCAGAGAACACACUGGUGAAGCGGACCCCUGCAUAGAGCAGAUUGGCCCAUCAACUGGUGAGCGGAGUGUUUGAUCCUGGCUUGGUGCUGCUUCACCAACACUUACCUGGGGGAAAUGCACUGACCAAGCUGCCGUCCACCCAGGCCAAAAUGUUUCCCCAUCCCUGGGCUACAGUUUCAGGAGAGCACAUCCACACCGUGGAGUCAAUGGAUCAAUCCUGCUUCUCAGUGAACUCUUGAGAAUUGUAGUUCUGUGAGAGGGGAUAGGAGUCUCAUAACAAUUCCCAGCACCUUUAACAAAUUAGAGUUCCCACCAUUCUUUGGGCCAAACCAUAACGGUUACAGUGGCAUAAAACAACAUAAAUGUAUAGUGUGGAUGUGACCUGACAACUCAACAUUUUGUGGCUACUGAAUAUUCUCAGUCCACGCUGGAUGGUUUUGGUGGUGUGUCCCCCAAUUAGUCCAUUGCCUGCAUUUUGGCUUAUGUGAGAAUGAGUCUGGGGGCAAAGCCAAGGCAGCUGGGCCUUCUGCCUUUGUUUCAGUUAAAGAUAGGUUGCUACCCAGAGUUGUGGGGAUUUAUUUUUACAUUAACGCUUUUUAAUGUGCAUCACUUUUUCUUUUAGCGCCAAUAUGCUGCUCUGCUCGCCUCAGCUUAGCGAUCUGGGCCUUCUUGGGAUUCUUUCUCUUAUAUGCACUUCGUGUCAAUUUAAGUGUUGCCCUGGUGGACAUGGUAGAAUCAAAUGCAAGCUUGACCAAAAAUACUUCAAAUGUGUGCAAAGAACAUUCUUCUACCCCAGUUGUUCCUCGUAACACUACGGUAAGUUUUACCAGAUCUACUUUUGAGAAUGCUGUGUUAAAGGGUAUGUGUUUUAAAUUAUUAUCUCUUCAAGAACCGGCGGAAUGCCAGUAUUGGGGGUGAAUAAAGGGUUGUAUCCAACUAAGUUCUACUAAGAGUAAACCAAAUGGACGGUGUCCACAAUGAGCCCACUCUACUAAUUUCAAAGAGUAUGACUAACAGUGGGAACAACCUAAAUACUCUUGCAGUAUAAUCUGAGGCAUUUACUCAGAAGUAAAUCCAGGUGAUUUUUAAUAGGUUUUACUCCCAGUUAGGUAGGUAUAGGAUUUCAGCCUUACCUUGGACUAAGCCUGAUUUAGUAAGACCCAUUGAAAUCAUACUCCUACAUUCUGAAUAAACAUGCAAAGGAUUGUGCAGAAUAUUAAAUCAGCACCCCCUUGUGAAAUUAUCCAAGGGAUCUUUAAAAGCAGUUAUGAUCAGAGGACUAUAUCUUAUCUCUCAGCAUUCUUUUGCAUGAUCUGUGCCUUCAAAUAGCCUUUGAAGUUCUUCCUAUCACAGAGAUUCUGCUCACAUGAUGCCACUAUAUUAUCUGCAUCAAUCAGUCUGAGCUCUGACUCCUUACAUAGGGUUGCUAUACAUCCAGAAUUUCCCGGAAAUUGCUGGGAUUUGGCCACUGGAAUCGGUGUCCGUCUGGGCGGAAAUCACUAUAAUGUCCAUGAAAAUCCGGACAUGUGGCAACCCUUGUCAGAAGUGUAGGUUUUGGCGAAUUUUCUUGAAAAUAGCUUAAAAACAUCUCCCCCCCCCCCCGCAAGGGUCAACCUUUGUGUCCAGAAUUUCACUUUUCAAAAUACGGCUACCCUACCUUACAGUAAUUCUUGUAGGGGUGUGUUUGUUUAAGGCAAGUAACAUUCAGUCCUCAUCAAAUCCCUUUAUAGAUUUUUGCUGCAUCCAUUCUGUCUCCAGAAUCACAUGUACACUGCAGAAUCACUCCCUUCCUGUGUGAUGUGAUGGAUGCUACUGUUCUGAAAAUAAAAAGAUAACACCCUGGAACCUAGGAUAAUGCCCUGACAACUCUAGAGAACUGCUGUCAGUCAGUGUAGACUAUAAUGACCUAGAUAGACCAAUGGUUUGACUUGUCAUAAGGCGGCUUCCAGUGUUGCACAUAGUACAGGCCAACCUGGACUGCACCACAAUAAUGUAAAUGAGGUAAAUUUGGGUGGUGUUUUUUAAAAAAAAACCUUAUUGUACAGCCUAUAGUUGUUUAAAGUUUGUAAGUCUGUCAAGUGUGGUAGUUCAUACAUUAAAUAAAGAAAAGAAGAGGAGAAGGCUUUGAAAUCAGUUGAUAUGUGAUUAUUUUUAUGACAUUGCGACUGGGCUUUGCUUGCUUUAGGUGCCUAGUUGACAGAAUGAAAACAAUUAGCAGGAUAUUAACCAGCUAUGUAUAUUUUAAUGUCAUUCAUCUAAAAAAAAACAACCAAUAAUGUGGUCACUUUUUGGAUGUACAUAGGGAGUUCUUUCCAUGCGUUCCAUGAAAAAUGAGCACGUAGUUCCCUAUGUCCAUGACGGGCAUGUGGAAAAUACAGUUUGUAAGCCACUCCGCAGUUAGCAAUGUAUGUCACCGAUAUGUGUGCAGUGUUGCUGGAUGGGGAGCAUGCAGUCCUUUGUUGUAUCUUCCUGUGAUGCAAGUGACGGGGUGGAAACCAGACCUUCGUGUCUUUUUCUCUCCCUCCCUUUCAGGGGAAAAAGUAUCCAUGGGAUGCAAAUACUCAAGGCUGGAUCCUUGGUUCCUUCUUCUAUGGCUACAUCAUUACACAGGUUCCUGGUGGAUAUCUUGCCCGCCAGUUUGGCGGAAAGAAGCUGUUGGGGUUUGGCAUCCUGGGCACUGCCAUUUUCACCUUGUUCACACCUUUGGCAGCAGAUUUGGGAGUCGGGUACCUCAUAGCUGUCAGAGCUUUGGAAGGCCUGGGUGAGGUAAUCUCUCCUUCUCCGCCCCCUUUAAUUGUUGUUGUUAUUAUUAUUGUUGUUAAGAGUUUCAAAACAAUUACUUUGUAAGUACAUUAACAAUCCCCUGUAAUGUUGAUAAAUUACAUUAGGUCAGCCUUUUCCAGCUUGGCAUCUUCCAGAUGGUUCAGGUCUCCAACUCCAGUCAAUCCUAGCUCUAGCCGGGCAAUGCCCAGAUGUGAAUGGAGUCCAAAACACCUGGAAGGCACCAAGUUGGGAUCAACAGCUCCACAGGGAUCUGGUUGGGGACUUUGCAAAUAGGGUGCUGGACUAGAUGGGAGCUUCGUCUGAUCUAGCUGGGCUCUGCUCAUGUUCUUAAUAGCACUUUUCUCACUUGGGUUUUCCAUUGCUGCCGCUUCAGUUACAGUUCCACUGGCUUCUUGCGUGCUCUUAUAUUUUUCCCCAGCAGAUAGACAGAUGGGCAUGAAUCUGAGAAUUGAGGGUUCCUUUUCUCCUUCCCAGUUUUCCUUACACCCACCUUACAAUGAACAUGUCUUCUAUGACUUCAUUGUGAGGACGAGCAUAUUGUUAAGAUCAUAGAGCACCACAUUAAUGGGAAAUGGUAUAUUAAGGGCUACGGGAGGAGCUGAUAUGAAAGGUAUGUCAUUCCUCUGUGGCUGUGGAACUGAUCAAAUGGCAUCUGCAGAGCUUGAAUAGAGGGGAAGGAAGUAGGAAGUUGUGCCAGGAUGGGUGGACCUGGCACUUAACUGAAAUUUGUUAUGUAAAAUGUCUGCUGCAUGCUUCCUUAAACAGUUGUGUAUAAGCUGGGUUAAAAAAUAAAAUCUUUGGGCAUUCCAAAUUUUGCACCAAAAACCUGAAUCCUGCAACUGUAUAAAUUAUGCAAGUUGAGCAGUUUUCCCUAAUUUCUCUGACUAUACAUAAUUUACUCUGCAAUUUUUGUUGUUUUUAUUUCUGCCCCAUCAUUGUGAGAGGCAAAGAACUUCAUAGGACAGCUUCAUUUAAAAGGGAGGAAAUGCGGAAAAGAAUAUUUUCAUGAAGCUUUAUUCUCCACCCAUUGCCACAUUCUGUGCUCUUGCAGAAUUGCAACAUAAAUCCAGCCCUUCCCUUAGCUCCCUGGGUUUAAUAUGAUGCUUUAAUAUGCUUGUGACCUCUUUGAAACUUAAUUGUUCAUGAACAUUUUUAUUCAAAGUUCACAUAGUUUUGAUUAGAUUUCUGGUUUAAUUUAGGGGAGUCUGGUUGUUGUUUCUUAACCUGGUCUGUCUGCAGAAUGAGGUCUCUUCCCUGCCAUGCUGUCCGGCCUCCUUCGCAUGUUGGCAUUUAAUAAUCCAAACUGAGGGAAAACCACCACUUCAAAAUAUUUGUGCUGCUGUUUCUAUGCAGAAACCAAAAGUUCAGCAUAAUUGUUAUGUCCACAAAGCAUAUUCAGCUGAAGAAUUGAGGCAGGCAAGGAAUUAGUUCUGCUUAAUUGCCCAGGAGCUAUGUGCGUUUUGUUCAGAAAAUAGCUUCGUACUAAGGCAACUGGUACUUUCUCCAGGCUACAUUGGAGAUGUUUUAUUGAAGUGAAUCUUGGCCAAAUCAUUUUACUCUUGAAAGAUAUGAUGUACUAUAAACAAAUGUGUUUUCCAGGGUGUCACCUUUCCUGCCAUGCAUGCCAUGUGGUCCUGUUGGGCUCCUCCACUGGAACGCAGUAAACUUCUUAGUAUUUCAUAUGCAGGUGAGAUGCUUUAAAAAAUGCUCAAGUCUAGCCAAUGAAGAUGCAGCACUAAUCUCUUUUAGCUGUGGUAUAACGGUUGGGAACAGGCCACAGGAUUAUGCAUUCCAUUUCUGCUCCCACCCCCAUACUCCUGCAGCUACCCAUUAAGCAUGGUUCAUUGAUGUGCAUGCCUUGCCACAAAACAAUGUUUAUCCUUAACCUAGGUGUAUUCAAAGCCUAGCAUUUUCAAUCCUUGAGAAGUCUAUGUACUUGGACAGACAGGGUGGCUGGGCGGGAUAAAAAUAAUAAAGUGAUUAUUAUUUUAAAAUAAAACUUUAAUUUCUAGGUGCGCAGCUAGGAACUGUUGUGUCUCUUCCAUUGUCUGGCUUGAUCUGUUUUUAUAUGAAUUGGAUUUAUGUGUUCUACAUAUUUGGUAAGUGUCUUCACUGUAAAUGCCGUUCAGUUGAGUAAAGAUUGUAUUUUUUUUUAAUUAUUCAUUAUAAAAUAUACAAAACAAAAUAGCAAUGAGCAAACUUUCUCAACCUCCCCUCCUCAUACAACUAAUCGCCAGUCUUAAGGUGUGAAUUAGGUUACUCUCUUUUCUCUCUCUCCAUCUUUUUAAUAAUUAUAUAUAACUUUUAAAUAUGGUUCAGGAGAAUCCAGUGGUACUCCAAUUUGGCAUAGGUACAAUUAAGAUACCCCAAAUCCUAAGGACAAUUAAAAAAAAAAAAAAAUACAGCUGGAAGAUUGUUUUUUAGUCCUGUGUCAUUGUAAAGCUUUUCGUGUGUAUUUCUAGAACACUUUGUGCCUGAUCAUAGUAAAUAAAUGCCUAAAAUACUUCCCCAGCUAUUUUGUCUGUCACACCCUGGGGAAUGUCAUAAUCUGAUGACAUUUUUCUGUUAAGCUUAUAUAUGCAUGUGUGUCAAGAAAUGUGAUCUACAGACUGCCCACUAAGAGAAUUUCUGUCUGUGGGAGAGUUUGUUCGUUUUCAGCAACCCAAUUCUCUCGCUUAAAUAGUCCCAUUGUGCGAAACAUCUCUGAUUAAUUUUGUUUCGUAUCACACCCACGGCCACCUCAUCUAUGCCUUCUUUAGCUACAGGAAGCUGACAAAUCUAGAAGUUUUUAUGCAUUUGAUGUAUCCUUAGCGCGGGUGGCGCUGUGGGUUAAACCACAGAGCCUAGGACUUGCCGAUCAGAAGGUCGGCGGUUCGAAUCCCCGUUGCUCAGUCCCUGCUCCUGCCAACCUAGCAGUUUGAAAGCACAUCAAAAUGCAAGUAGAUAAAUAGGUACCACUCCAGUGGGAAGGUAAAUGGCAUUUCUGUGUGCUGCUCUGGUUCGCCAGAAGUGGCUUAGUCAUGCUGGCCACAUGACCCGGAAGCUGUACGCCGGCUCCCUCGGACAGUAAAGCGAGAUGAGCACCGCAACGCCAGAGUCGGCCACGACUGGACCUAAUGGUCAGGGGUCCCUUUACCUUUACCUAGCAGACAACGGCAAUUGGUACACAUGGCUUCACAUUUAAGUGAUCCUCUGGAUAUGCCCACACACAUUUGCUAUGUUGGAACGAUCUCUUUCAUUUACCUUUGAGGGUGGGGUUGGCUGGUUACUACAUACCUGUGGGAUCCACAGGUAGCUCUGGCUUGAGAGACAUUUCAUGGUGAUCUUCAGAUGCUCUGCAAUAGCAGCUGGCAAGGCAUUGUGGGUGGGGCAGCCCUGUUCUCCCAUGUUUCUCAGCACCAAACAUCACUAUAACUUGCCGAGAGGAGAGAGGGGGGUAAAGGAGUGUCAGAUUGGCUCUACCGCCGUGUCCACAGUGUGCUGAGCUGCCCACUGUCUUGCCCCCUGCCCCUCUCCCUCCUGGUAAGGGGCAGUAAUGUGGGGUAUUGGGAAGCCAAGCAACACAGCACCACCGAUGCCAGCCACUCCUGGUGGGUUGUAGCAGUGCCUGCAAAUUUAAAGUCUCAUGGCUGCCAUUUCCUUGAACAUAAGCAUUGUUGUUUUCACUUUAAGGUGCCCUAGGUGUGCUGUGGUUCAUCUUCUGGAUGUUGAUAGUUAGCGAUACACCAGAAACACACAAGAGAAUUUCUCAUGCAGAAAAGGAAUACAUCCUCUCCUCCCUUACAGAUCAGGUGUGUACUUUUUGGUCAAGCCUUUGCUCAUUUCUGUUGAAGUACUGGGGUAAUAUACAUCCACUAUCGUACUUAAAGGACAAAGAGGUCCUUGUAAAAAUGCUUUUAAAGCUCAGUAACAUUUUGUUGUUUUAUAAGAUUUAUUAUCCGUCCUUUGCCGUAAGGUCCCAAGGCGGGAUACAUCAAUAAAACAUGCAAUUGUAAUUAGAACCGUUGCAAUUAUAAAUGCAUAAAACAGAUGGAACAGAACUGUAUAAAAGAGGUGGUUCCAGCAGAUGAAAAAGCCAGCUAAAAAGAACAUUUGGGUGAGAAAGGGAACAAGGAUGCCCAGCAGCAGAAUCCCUGAAAAUUCACCACUCAGACAAAUGUUUUGUCUUCCUAAUGUUAAACAGAAGUUCACCCAUGCUGUGCACCAACCGUGGUUAAGUGUGGGUGUACCUGCAUGCAGCAGGUAAGGGACUCAAGGAGGAACAUGAAUCCCAUAGCUUGUUCCUGAUAACCUUAAGCAUCGGGAUUAAGGGAUCUAUCAUUAUGCUUAAGAGUGCAGACUGGCAGGAACAAGCUCUUUAGAAAAAAUCUUCGUUGAAGUUUUAAGAAGUGUGAUUCAAUUUUUUUUUAAAGAACAUCUGCAUGAAUUGAAUUUCUUCUCUUUAGCUUUCUACUCAGAAAUCCAUCCCUUGGGGAGCCAUACUGACGUCGCUUCCACUCUGGGCUAUCGUCGUAGCACACUUUUCUUAUAACUGGACUUUCUACACACUCCUUACCCUAUUGCCUACUUACAUGAAGGAAAUUCUGAGGUUUGAUGUACAGGAGGUAAGAUACCCUGUGUUCUCCAGUUACAAAACUUACCCUGAAGUGACCUAGGCUAGAUCAUAAACUUGGCUUUCAGUAGGAAUUACAAAGACAGUCAGAACCUAAGCAUCCAGUGGGGCGAAGCUACAGAAAUAGCCUCCUGACUGUGAGGUACGGGCUGCACAGGGUCAUUCAAUUACAGCACAAGCCUACAUAGGUCUACUCGCAUGCUAGUAAUAAUAAUAAUUUAUAAUUAUAAUAAUUAUAAUAAUAAUAAUAAUUUAUUAUUUAUACCCCGCCCAUCUGGCUAGGUUUCCCCAGCCACUCAGGGAAGUUCCAACAGAAUAUUAAAAUACCAUAUUUUUCGCCCUAUAGGGCGCACCGGCCCAUAGGGCGCACCUAGUUUUCAAGGGGGGAAAUCAAGGAAAAAAAUAUGACACACACCCCACAGCUCUGGGAGCAGCGUACAGGCUGCACGCAGCCUGUGCGCUACUCCAAGACCUUCUCCCUGCUUUUGCGGGAGGUGGCGGAAUUCCCCCACCUCCCGCAAAAGCCCACAGGAGCCGCGCGCGACUCCUGCGGGCUUUUUGACCAGGAGGGAGAAGGGACUGAAACGGCCAGUCAGUCCCUUGUCCCUCCUCGGGGAAAAGCCCCCAAGAGCGGCGCGCUCUUUAAAGGGUGCGUGGCAUCCUGCAGGCUUUUCUACGAGGCGGGGGAAUUCGCCCACCUCAUAGAAAAGCCAGCAGAAGACGCGCAAACUUUAAAGAGCACGCGGCUUCUGUGUGCUUUUGCGGGAUGUGGGGGAAUUCCCCCAUCUCCCGCAAAAGCCCGCAGGAGGGAGAAGGGACUGACUCAGCCAGUCAGUCCCUUCUCCCUCCUUGGGGAAAAGCCCCCAAGAGCGGUGCGCUCUUUAAAGGCUGCGCGGCUCCUGCGGGCUUUUCGACCCAGCUUGUGGGGCUGGCACUGCUUUCCCCCACCGCCAGCCUCAAAGCCAGGUCGGAGAGUAGCGGGAAGGCGUCGCGCACCUUCCCGCUGCCCCCCAAUCCGCUGGGGGGAAGCACUGCUUUCCCCCACCGCCAGCCUCAAAGAGCAGACUCUACUGGCUUCAGCGAAAGCAACGCGAAGCCUCCGGAGCACAGUCUUUGCGUUGCUAUCACUGAAGCCAAGGAGCCUGCAUUCGCCCCAUAGGACGCACACACAUUUCCCCUUCAUUUUUGGAGGGGAAAAAGUGCGUCCUAUAGGGCGAAAAAUAUGGUACAAUAGUCCCAUGGAGUCUAAUGUGACUUGCUUCUGAGUAGACAUGCAUAGGUUUUCUCUGUUAGCCUCUUGGCUGAGUGGGAAUGCGAUCCCAAAUCGCUGGUUCAUGGCUUAUACCACACACUGGUAUUCAGUAUGUGGCCUUGAAGUCAGCUCUGUAUGUGGAGUAUCUGGCAGUGCUGAGAGAUUUUAGGAACAAGAAUAUCAAAUGGCAUCUUUGUCACCUGUCACAGGAACACAAGGCCACAUGUUCGUGUUUUUCCUGGGAAAUCCAUUCUAGUGAGAGAAGAGGAGGCUUUGGGUAUCCAACACUUCCCCACCCCCUGCAGUCCAUAAAUAAUUUAACCAGCAAUAUUACUUCUGGAAGUGCAGCUCUUAAAACUCCAGCCACUUUUUAGUGAGCAUAAUGAAAUUUGAACGUGCAACUUAAAAAUCAAUUUACUAUGAGAGGAGAGAGAAUUGUCCUUUUUUCUGUCUCUCUCUCUCCCUCUAUCUCUCACAUUACGGUGCCAUCACAGUUCCCUGUUUUGCAUUUUAAGGUUAACGGCUUAAUUAAAAAUGUGCUGCUCAUUCAAGAGCAUUUGCUAAAAUUAGGUUGAAGCAGCUGUGAAGAGCAGCCUAUCCAACUCCUUUACCUUGUGCUUCAAUUCUAAAGGUUGCUAUGUAAAUUCCUUCAGAGCAAUUGCAAUUUUUUGUUCUGCUGGCUGCACAUUUAACAGGCUCUCUGAGAAUGAACACCUGUGACAAACGAAUGUGCACCAGAGGGUUCUUUUUCCCAGGAGGAAGGAAUUGAAGCUGUUUCUCUGGCUCCUUGUUCCUUUUCCUCCUGGAACAUUCUGCUGCUGUUCUUGGGAGAACCUUCAGAUAAGUCGCCCAGUCUGCUGGUUGCAGCAUCAAGCUAGGUUCCUUAACCUUGAGCAGAGUUGCUGACUGGGAGGGCUUCGCUCCAAGUCAGAGUCUGAAUCCCCUUUGGUGGGUCUGCUGAUUUAUAAACAUGCCCCCUGAGUGAGUGAGUGAGUGAGUGAGUGAGUGAGUGACACAGAUGCUAUGCGGAGCAUCAGUUCAUCUGAUUGCCAUGGGCAUUCCUACAGUGGAUCUUCAACAGUAAUCACACCCUUUGGGUAAAAUUUUCCAGAAAUUUCAGUUACAGAGUUGGCUGUUGACUCUUCUCUUCAUGAACUGCCUAAAGCACGCUAGCUUUUGUCUGCAAGGUGCAUAAUUAAAUGGAGAAAUCCCUGUAGUGUGAACCAGCCCUUUAAGCAUCUCCUUUUAAAUCAGAUUCAUCUGAUACCAGUGCUUUGCAGUUUACCUCAGUGGAAAUAGAAUUGGUCUUGAUAUAUAUAACAAAGAGAGUCAACUUGGUUCCCCUCCAAAUAUUGGAUGACAGCUCCCAUCAUCCUGGACCAUUGGCCACACUAGCUGGGGCUGAUGGGAGUUGGAGUCUACAAACAUCUGGAGGCAUAACAUUGGCUCUAUCCUUUUGCUUACUUGAAGGGUUUCUCGGAUUCUUUUUUCCACAAUGAGCCACCUUGCCUGAACGUGGCUGUUGCAGUUCCCGCUCACUGCAAAAAGAAUCUAAGCCAAGAUGGGUGGACUGACAAGCAGUUCUAGCUGCCACUCCAGCCUCAAACCAGGCAGACGUCUUCUCCUUUAACUUGAUUGUUAACCUCUGGUGUUUCUCUGAAAAUAGGUGGAAAGCUUCUGUUGUUAAACCAGAUACUCGUGUCUCAUAACUCAGGAUGUGUUUCCACUGUAGCUUGCAAGAAUUUAUCACUUUGCCAUAUCCUUAGAAAGGAAGUCAGUUUCCUUUAUCAUAAAAUGUGUGACUUGUCAAUUAUGUUCACUGGUUAUCUUACAGUACAGUAUCCAUUAAACACUACAACAAAACAGCUGUUUCAGACAGUACAAAACAGCCUUUAAAUAGCUGUCCCCAAUCCUGUUUGUACUGCUGAAGACAUUUAUUAUUUUUAUUAUUCUGUACUUAGGUAUUCAUCUUGAAAAUAAAUAAAUAUAUGCACAAAAAAGGUGUUCCCAUCCCAUCCUAAAUCUGGUUUUCUUUUUCUGUACAGAAUGGGUUUUUAUCUGCACUGCCUUAUUUUGGCUGCUGGAUUUGUAUCAUUCUAUCUGGUCAAUUCGCUGAUUAUUUGCGGGAAAAGCAAAACAUGCCCACCGUAUGUGUUCGCAAAACAUUUACUCUGAUAGGUAAGGAAAGAAUGUGCUUGUUUUCAAUUUGGCUUGUAGUUUAAAUGGGGUUUUGUCAAGCUUGUACAGUGUUCUUACCUGCUUUAAUAAGCCCCCUCCCUCAGUUUUAAAUUCUUACCUGUUGUAAAGAAAGCUGCAAUUCUCCUGCCGGAUUCUUUCUGGCAGGUGCAUUUUAUAUACACUUAUAUUCCCAGUAGUAACAAGAGCAUUCCUGCACAACUUGUGUUCCAUAAUACCAAAUGCAGCUCCUCAACUCAGCCUUGUAUGGUGGCCCACCAAGGACUUUAUAAACACUUCACUUUUGCUGCUUUUGCUCUCUGUAUAUGGUAAGCAUCCCUGGCUGGGUAUGCAUAGUGGCUAUGAAAGGGUCAGGCCCUUUCUGGCUGCUGCUCCCAGGAUUUGGUGGCUAGGAAAGCCAAAGAAUAACUUUGAUGAGAUCCUCUUCGUGUGCCCUUGGGCCUUUGGAGAAAACCGGUGCCUGGACACACUUGGGCAAUCCUUCUAACAGCUGAGAGAUGAAACCAGCAUUGGACCAGAUGUUAAUAGCUUUGGACAGGGCCCUUGUUCCUUAUCCCUUACUGGUUGGUUGUAGGUUCAUAGGAAGGAGCCUUAACUGAGUGUAAUGGAGAGUUGCCUGUUAUACUGCUGUUCCCGCUAUAGGUGGCCCUGUGUCCAAAUGAGGCAGUGAGUCAUGCUGCUUUUCUUGUUUGCAAUGAAGCUGCUAAGCAUCCAUUCUGGCUUGGUCUCUUCUCUGAAAUCAACCGGCACUGAGUCAGCCCCUUGUUACAUCAUCUAGCUCAGUAUUGUCUACACUGAUUGGCAGUGUCUUACCAUGUGCUUCUCAGCGCCACUCCCCCCCCCCCCCCCCAGAUGGCAGGGAUCUGAACCUGGGAGAGUUGCUUUUGAAGUAGGCGUUCCACUACUGAGCAUGUUCUCUCCAUGUUCUCACUUACCCUUUCCAUGUGCCAAUAACUUCUGAAAAGCUCUCGAAGCAACCUGAAAUGGCAAUUAUAUAAACUGAAGCUGAGGUAACUUCACAAAAAAUGAUGAUUUAAAAUGCAGAUAUUUUAAUCAACUGUUCUUCUGCUCUGUUCUUUCUCCAUCCUGUCCUUCGCUAUUUCAUCGUAUUAUAAAAUGAUAAGUCUUGAUCAGAAUGGGAUGUGUUUGAUAUUUCCCUAGUGACGUUUUUAUUACCCAGUUGGGUUAUUAAAUAAGCAACUACAACAGGUUUGUUGGUUUUAAUGAACAUCUAAAGUACCAAUAGCUUCAAUUUUGUCAUGGAUAAAAUAGCUCAGGCAAAAGCAUGCAUCUCCAAAUUGAAUACAGUCUUACCUCAGGUUAAAGUCACUUCGGGUUAAAUCUUUUCAGGUUGCAUCCUGCGGCAACCCAGAGGUAAUGGAAUGAGUUACUUCUGGGUUUCGCCGCUCAUGCAUGUUCAGACGCUCAGAAUGACGUCACGUGCAUGCGCAGACGCAGCAAAUCGCGACCCGCGCAGACGCAGGUUGCGUUCUGCUCGUGAUGUGAACGGGGCUCCGGAACGGAUCCCGUUCGCAUCUAGAGGUACCACUGUAGUGAUAUAGUUUGUUCACUAGGUGGCAGCACAAUGUAGAAUAAUUGCUGGGCCUUUCCUCUCUUUAUUUUCAGUUUUUUAUCAAAAAGUAACGAUGGUCAGUCCAUAAGACAGCAGCACAAAAGACACAGAGAUUAAAACAUUUCUUAGCUAGCUUGAAACUAGAUUCUGCUUUAAAAGUUCCAUGCAAAAAUAGUUGCUUAUUUCUCACUUAGGCUGCUUACUUUCCACCCAUCUUGUAGCAUUACAGUAGGCCAGACAAAAUACUUUCAUAAUGUUACUCUGGGACAUUUUGCAGUAAUGUGGAUCUCGGGACAGAUUCUAGGCUCUGAGUGUCACUGCAAUGAUCUCUUUCCCGGGGAUUGAAUACAUUAAUUCAGCAUGUUCAAAAUGCUUGAGAGCAAUGUUGCAUGUCUUGAACCGAUCUUGUAUUAAUCCCUAUGAAUGCAUGAAGCUGCCUUGUAUGUUAGUCCAUCGAGCCCAGCGUUGUCUGCUCCAGAAGAGUUAUCCUAGUUCUGCUUCCCGAAUUCCUUCUAACUGGAGAUGUCAGGCUCUAAACAUUCACAUGCAGAGCAUUUGCUCUUGUCACUGAUCAAUGGCACUUCUUGUGUCAGUAGGAACUCCUAUACCCUUACAAAUGUGUUCUUCCACCAUUGUGUGCCUUCAACGUUGCACUCUACCAGGGCCACUACCUCUUUUUUCAUCUAUCCCUUACAGCUUCUGAGGUUCCAGGUGCUCCUGCAUCUCUUACCUGUUUGCUUUCCUGUGCCUUGGUGCGACAGGCUCUUUAGAUGUGGUUAGGAUACAGCAGUGGUUGACAAACUAAGGCCCGGGGGCCAGAUCCAGCCCAAUCGCCUUCUCAAUCCGGCCCUUGGACAGUCCGGGCAUCAGCGUGUUUUUACAUGAGUAGAAUGUGCUCUUUUAUUUAAAAUGCAUCUCUGGGUUAUUUGUGGGGCAUAGGAAUUCAUUCAUUUCCCUCCAAAAAAUGUAGUCUGCCCCCCCCACAAGGUCUGAGGGACAGUGGACCAGACUGCUGAAAAAGUUUGCUGACCCCUGCUUUAGGCAGUCUUGCCCAGGGAUCAGCAAAGGACUGUUGCUUUGUUUAUAGAUCAAGAGCUGAGAACCACUAGUAUUAUUUUUUAAUGAAAAGUCACUGCAAUGUUUUACAAAGAAUAAACAAAAUUUGAGUUCCCAUGAAGGUAAGGUUUCUGCUUUGUUUUUAUUAAGGAAUGAUUGGACCUGCGGUAUUCCUUGUAGCAGCUGGAUUCAUAGGCUGCGAUUAUGAAAUGGCUGUUGCAUUUGUAACCAUAUCCACAACACUAGGGGGUUUUUCUACAUCUGGAUACAGCAUCAACCACCUCGAUAUUGCACCAUCGUAAGUAUUCAUGACUGAGUGUGCGUUUUUUCAAACAAGAUUCCCUGAAACAGUGAAUUCAAUAACCACAGUACUUGUCUGCAUUUUUCUUCAGUCACUUAUUUGGGUUAAUUCAACUCCUUUGUGUGGCAGCCUUAAGUUGCAAUCCUACCAAUGCACUCUUAACUCUGGGAGUAAAUCCUAUAGAAUCCUGAUCUUCCAGGCAGGGAGCCUCCAGGUAUGCAGCAUGUUCCCUGCUUCAGAAGAUUGCCUGUCUCUUGUGGAGGGCAAUUGGAACAGCCAUGGGGGGAUGGAAAGGGAGAGCAGAACUAAAAUGCUCACCUCCCUGUACUUGUGUGUUUAAUUAAAAUGACUAGAGAAUGCCUGAAGAAGGCUUCAGUGGGGCUGACCUCUGCGUAGAAAUGCAGAGGGUUGCAGCGUGUAAUCUGCUGUUGAUAUUAUCUGCCUGCUUCCCCUCAUCCACCCACCAGCGUUUCUGUAGCACAUGAUAUUUGCUUGUUGAAGGUAUAGUUAGAGGUACUUGCAUAGGUUGACACUUAGGUAAUGGGGAAUAGCUCCUGUGGGACACAGAUGUACUAUAGACAUCAUUUUCAAAGUGGAUAUCAAUGCCAUUGCAAUGCUUAGAUAUAUAUUUUUUUGGGGGGGGGGAGCUAUACCACUAAGGGAUUUAUGGAUCUUUAUAAGAUACUCAUCUAUCCUGUGAGGCUUUUCCUUUUUGGCAUUCAUCUUCAUAAAGUCAUUAAUGUUUAAGCAGUUCCAAGUUAGCAAAGGUCAUAUAAAUGCCAGCUUCUUUAUUCAACGAGUAUGUAAUUAAUAUACUGAAGCUGUGCAAUGGUUCUUUGGGGUUUCAGUUGGGGGGUCUUCCCCAACACUACCUGGGGAUGUCCUGAACUGAACUUGGAACUUGCAAGGUGUGUGUUCCACCAGGGAGCUUUGGCCUUGCCCCAGGCAUCCUUUCUCAGAGUAUCAUUUUGCCUUUCCCUCACAUUACCAGACAGGGAAGCGCACGAGGCACAUUUUGUCAUGGCAUUUCUAACAUGCCAGCUAGAGUGAACUCCGGUUUUCUGCCUUCCAGUUUUUUGAACUUCACACCUUUUCCAGCCUGAUUGGUGGUUUGUUAAAAAUUGUGUUGUUUUGCAGAUUUUUUUGUUUGUUUGUUUUUAAUGCUUCCAGUUUGUGAAUUGCUUUUUGAAAUUUAAGAAGCAAAAGGCAAAAUAGAUACAGUAUGUGUUUAAAUAAAAUUAGAGGAGAGCAAGUCGCAAAGUUACAGUUCCUCUCAGAUUGCGCUGCCCUUACGCAGAGUGUAUCCACACAAGGGCUUAGAGAGCGGCCACUUGCCUGCCCACUGUGAAUCCCUGUGCUAAAGCCAAGUAUGAGGGUGACUUAGCACUUGGGUUUUGUUUCCCUCAUAAAUACUUCAUUGAGAAGUUUGUGCAUGUCUCCUAAUCCACUCUGGACAAGUGGAUGAAUCAUGUGCGAAAUUCUUUCUGGGGUGUCUUGUUUCAGUAUGUUAGGAGUGCCAAAACAUUUGAGCUUGUGCUGAGAAUAUCUCCCCACCCCAUACAUGUCUAGUUUUAUAUAAUAUAUGUGUGUGUGUGUGUGUGUGUGUGUGAAUUGCAAGGGAAUGAAAAUCCUACCAUCGUUCCUGAGUACCGGAAAGAAGUUCAAGGCACUGUGGCAUCAGGAACCAGCUGAUUUUUUUUCUUCUUAUUUUCUUAGAUAUGCUGGCAUCCUCCUUGGAAUUACAAAUUCAUUUGGCACUAUCCCAGGAAUGGUGGGACCACUUGUUGCUAAAGGCCUAACUCAUAGUGUAAGUUAUUCUUGGUCUUUCCCCCCCAUUUUCUUCUUUUAAAGGUUAAAGAUUUGAUUGUCUCAUGUGUCAUUAUUGGCUGUGGGUUUUUUUCUUGUUAUUUUUAAACAAGACCAAAGAAGAUUGUUUUAUACUUUCUCUCUCAUACCAUGUUUAUUGAUAUAAAACUGCAGCCAUAUGUCAUGCGGCAGAGAAAAUUAAUCUCUUUUCUGAGACUCUCUGUACUAAUAUCAAUUUUUAUUUUAAUAACCCAUAUGUUCUCGUCCGUUGCUUUGUGAGCUGUGCCAUAGUAACCCUCCCAUUCAGCAAAACAAGUUCUUUAAGCCUCUUCAAGCAUAUAUAAAACAAAAUGAGGACAACCUGGAAAGAAGGAAAAGCGGAAGGGGGAGUAAAGCUUCAUGGUUCCACUGUGUGAAUUUAACUGGGACCCUUGAAGAAAAACAUCCUAGCACAGAACAGCUGCAUUUUUAGCCCCAUCAGUCUUAUUAAGUGAUAGGCACCCUUGAGCCUGAUAAACUGGUGUUGGGUUGACACUGAUUCCUCAGGAUUUUAAAACUGGGGUGUGUGUUAGAGUGCAGCUCAAAUCUCCUCUGGCAAUGGACCUCCUAUAAGUUGAGGUUCUCAAGUUUUCAUGUAUUCACAAGACAGGUUGUUAUACUGAAAUGCUAUUUAAUAGCAAGAGUUGCAAACUUUGAGCAACUUCUCAAAGUUCUUUAUACACUUUAUUCCACUGCUGGUGGAAACUUCAGUUUAGAACUCUCACUAAACUCUUGAGUAUAGUUUAUACAGAAUAAGAGUUACACCCCUAAUUGAAUCCCGUUUAGCACAAGUCAUACUGAGCUGAACAAAAUAUGCCAUGUUUUGAAUAAAUAAUUGUAUUGGCUACAUAGAUCCAGUCUCUAAACAGUGCUCAGGUGGACCAGGAAAGAGCAGAGAGUUCAAGUGUUCUCUUUAUUUCAAGCCUUAACAGAAGUCUUCUGGUUUCCUCAACCCAUAGUUGGCCAUGACAUCUAUACCAAUAAACUGUGGCUUGAGCAGGCCUUGCAAACCCAAUCCUCCAAACCAGGGAUGGGAAACCUGAAGUUCUCCAUAUGUUGUUGGGCUACAGCUUCCAUCACCGCUGACUUUUGGCCAUGCUAGUUGAGGUCCAGCAAUAUCUGCAAGUCCAUGGGUUCCACAACCUUAGGCAAACAAUGGGUUUAAAGGAUCAGGAAUGCAACAUCUGAAUGCAGCCAUCUUUUUAAUACAAAUUAUCUGCUCCACACAUUCUCCUUUUCCUGCCAUUCAGUUUAUUCCUGAUCAUGGUUCUGUUACAGUAAUGCACUGAUUUAUCUCCUUAUUUCUGCCCCUUUGCCAGAAUACUGUGGGAGAAUGGCAGACUGUCUUCUAUAUCGCCGCUGCCAUUAACUUAUUUGGAGCCAUCUUCUUUGCAUUAUUCAGCAGCGGAGAAGUUCAAGACUGGGCACUCAAUGGCUACCACUUGCAUAGGAACUGAAUGAACCUUGGGGUUAAUCACCGCCACACAUUGCAAUCAUGUGACCUGGAAUGCCUUUCACAUGACGUCUGCAAAGUCUAUUGUGACCCUUUCUUGUUGCAGCUGGAAAAUAUUUCACAUUUCAAUAUGCUUAUUCUGUAAGAAGAAUGUGGGAUCCAGUCUUACACAAUUGAUUGGUGUCAGAUACCUGUGACACAUUCUAAUCAGUGUAUCAACUUUUUAAAAACGUGCCUGAAUUAAAUAUUAGUUGGAGGGGGUGUAACACAGAAAAAGAUGAGAUUUUGUUGGUUAAGGUAAUUUUAGGUAAGGGUUGUUAGAAUUAUUGCUGGUUUUAGCUGUAUUUAUUUAUCUUGUAUGAUUAAUCCAAAAAGUAAUGGAAAUUAAAAACAGGGAAUUAAUCCUUGUGCCCUCUUAAAGUAUGUAUUUGUGAGCAUGUGUCCACUGUGACAGGAAUGGAGAACCUCUAGCUUUCCAGAUGUAGCUGGACUACAACUCCCAUCCUCCUCCACCAUUGUCCGGGGCUGAUGGGAGCUGGAGUGCAACAACAUUUGGAGGGCCUACCUCUCUGCUCAGGCCUUGCUUUUGAACUUCCCAUAGUCAUCAGGUUGGCCACUAUGAGAACAGGAUGCUGGGCCUAGAUGGGAAGGAGGCCAAAUCCAGCAGACUCUUCCCAUGUUCCCUGUGCUGUGUGGUUUCACCAGACCUGUGAAGCACAAACACUGCUACAUCAUGGAGGAAAAUAAGCCCAAAGUCUUUUACUAUAUGGAGAAAUUCAGCAAUGAUGUUGAUUUGAAGGAACGGUUUCUCUUUCCCCUCCUUUUUUCCUCUCACUGUCCUAAUACUCAUUUUGAGCAACAAACCACAAUUAUCCAGGCAGAAUAAGACCAAGUGGCAGCAGGAUCAUACUAAAAGUUGGUUGCAAAAUAUGUACCAAUGCAAUCCUGUGCAUAUAUACUUGGAAGCCCCCCUGGGGCUUCAGUGGGACUUAUUCCCAGGUAAGUGAGUGCAAGAUUGCAGCCAAAUUGACUAUUAGGUUUCUGAAUGAAUAAACCUGAAGGUUAAACUAAGAGUGUGUCUGCAUAGGCUCUCUUCAGGGAUUGGGUGUGCCCAUGUAACUGAUUCAGAAUCCUACAGCCCUCGGCCAGUCGUUGACGUCUGUCAGUUCACAUUGCAGAUAAGGCCUGUGUCAGCUUAUUUUGUCACAAUGAGAUCCAGAAUACUAGUAAGGGGUUGGCCCACGUUGCAUUGCACCUUCUUUUUCAGAAGAUAUCUCCCUAACUUCAUAUUUGAAGCUAGCAUACCAAACUGGAAAUGGAGGGAAUAUCCAUGCGUAGAACCACCUAAGAGAUACAAGGAAGAAGAAGAAGAAAAAACUUUUUAGAAUAGGUUUUGGGAUUCUUCCCGUACCCGUGCUGAUUUUUUUAUUUUUAAAAGACCCAAAAAUUAUUGAAGAGCAGCAUUGGGGUUUCUCCACUACUGCUGUGGUUUGGAAAGCACACCACACCCUGGUCAGAGGACAGCCUCCAGAAGUAGAGCUGAGGUUUCAUGUCUACACACUAAGUGUAAGUGCCAUUGAAUCCACACUGGGACAUAAUUCUGAGGAGCUCUGCCUUGUACGAUGGAAAUGUGAACUUCCGUAGCACUGAAUGUGCAGUUGUGCAUGGGAAUGACAUGGUGGGCUAGGCAGCUGAGGCUUUGGCCUCGAUAUAGAGUACUAGGACACAACAGGCUAAAUGGUCCUUUUUUGGAUCAUUCCAGGUGUAAAGCAAUCCAAAGGGGGGACACACUUUGGUGUUCCUUCCACCAACCCAAAGGGAAACCUGAUACACCUCCCACACGCUGCUCCAGUGGAGCCCAGCUGACUUCAUUUCUGAGAAAUGACAGGUUACUUUUGUUAGCCAGCUUUACAUACAUUUUAAUUUGCAUUGAAAUGUGAUAAUGACGUCUUGUCAGCUGUGUUGUAUUUUGCAACUUUCAGUGUAAUAAACAGUGCGGGCAUUUUG